AUGGGGCGCAACGAGGAGGCCGUCAAGGUGGUGGUCCGCUGCCGGCCGCUCAACUCGACGGAGCGCGCGGAUGGGCGCGACACCAUCGUCCAGAUGGACGCCAAGAUGGGGAGCGUCUCGGUGCACGCGCCAGGCAGCUCCGAGCCACCAAAGGCCUUCACCUUCGACAUGGUGUUUGACGAGCGGUCGCAGCAGGCGGACCUGUACCAGAAGACCGCAAUGCCCAUCGUCGACUCCGUCCUCGACGGCUUCAACGGCACCAUCUUUGCGUACGGCCAGACUGGCACCGGAAAGACAUUCUCGAUGGAGGGUGUCAACGAGCCGCCCGAGCUGCGCGGCAUCAUCCCGCGCGCCUUCACUCAGAUCUUCGAUCGCAUCUCUUCUCGGGCCGGCGAUUCGACCGAGUUCCUCAGCACGGGCGUCUACGUCAAGGACCUGACGUCGUAUGUCGUCCGAUCGGUCCGCGAGUGCGACAAGCUGCGCCACUUUGGGGCAGAGAACCGGCACGUCGGCGCGACCAAGAUGAACGCCGACUCGUCGCGCUCGCACUCGAUCUACACCAUCACCGUCGAGCAGUGCGAGACUGACGCGCGCGGCGAGGCCCACAUCCGGCAAGGCAAGCUCAACCUGGUCGACCUGGCUGGCUCAGAGCGGCAGGCCAAGACGGAGGCGAGCGGCGAGCGGCUCAAGGAAGCAACCAAGAUCAACCUGUCGCUCUCGGCGCUCGGCAACUGCAUCUCGGCCCUCGUCGACGGCAAGUCGAAGCACGUGCCCUUCCGCGACUCGAAGCUGACGCGGCUGCUGCAGGACUCGCUCGGAGGCAACACAAAGACGGUCAUGGUGGCGAACAUGGGGCCGGCCGACUGGAACUACGACGAGACGAUCUCGACGCUGCGGUACGCCAACCGCGCCAAGAACAUCAAGAACAAGCCCAAGAUCAACGAGGACCCAAAGGACGCGAUGCUGCGAGAGCACCGGCUCAAGGAGCUCGAGGGCAAGCUCAUCGUUGGCGGCGAGAACCUGCUCGACAAGUCGGAGAAGCAGGAGAGCCCCUCCCACCCUCCAGCAGUUGUUGAGCUCGAGCAGUACGCCUCGCUCGAGGCAGAGGUCGAGGGCAAGACAAGGAAGCUCAAGCGGCUGUGGACAAAGUACCAGGCGGCGCAGGCGGACAUAUUGGAUGUGCAGAAGGAGUUCCAGCGCGAGAAGGAGGACCUGCUCGACACGAUCCGCGAGCUUAGCCGCCAACUCAAGCUGCGCCAGCUGCUGAUGUCGGCUAGCAUACCGAUCGAGCAGCUCUCCAAGAUUGAGCGCUGCUCCGAGUGGGACGACGCCAACGAGCAGUGGCGCAUCUCACGGCUCCACUUUGCGGGCAACCCCGCCGUCAAGGCGAUGUCGAGCGUCUACUUUUCGUACAGCAAUCCGGCGCCCUCGCCGGAGUACGAUGGGCGCUGGCACACGGUGACACAGGCGUGCGAGAAAAACAAACUGAAGACACUGACAACAAACUGA